UGUUUUGAGUUUAUAUUAAAUGUAAUGUUAACUUGGAUUUUGAUAUCAGCGUUGUAUUUCAAUAUAGUCAAAUAAUCAAGUAAUUCAAAUGAUUUCUCAAUGAACAAUAUAAUAAUGUAUUUUGUUCAAUUCAAAAAGUAACAAGUUACUCUGAGUAAGAACGGAAUACAAAUUCUCUGCUGCCUACUGCAUUAUUAGAUUCCGUUAAUAGGGCAGCCAUAAAACAUUUUAAUCUAAAGAACUGAUGGAGCUGCAAAAAGUGAAACGAUCUUAUGAUAUAAUUACAAUAAAACGAAAAUGAUGGUGCAUGUGAUAUUUAAUAAGCAGUUAAAUGGAUUGUGAACGAUGGAUAAUACCAAACUUAAGGCAUGUUAUGAUCUCUGAUGAAAAAUGUAAAAAAGAACAAACUUAAACAUGGGUAGCAGAGGAGUAGGGGAUAUUCCUACUAUAUUUCAUCCCCAGCAGACUCAUACCCCAAGUAUUAUUCUUGGUGAUAAUCAGCAGAAUCAUGGCUCUCAAAAUACUGCUGGUCAAAUUACUUAUGACAAUUCUGGCUGUGAACAGCAACAAGGAUGUAGCAUUAGCGGUGGCUGUGGCGAUUCUGUACCGAGUUGUCGCCCUUUGGAGACAAGUAGAAGCGGAGUUGGUUCUGGAGGAGCUGGAGAUAAUCAAGGGCACAAUAUAAGUCAAACUCAAGUUCAACCCCAUGUAACAGUACCACCAGUUACUUAUCAACAAAGGCCCAACUCUUUAUCCGCUUGUUAUGCAUCAUGUUGUGCUGAAUCCGCAAAAAAGAUAUAUUUUGGAGUGUGUGUCACAAUAUGUGUCACAGCAAGCUGGGUCGGUGCGACACACUGUAUCAAGUAUUUAUAUUUUUACAAACACGAAACACCUAAUUAUUCAUUGUUUUCUAACUCAUCUAUUACUGGUCGUCAUCAGCACACGGUUCCAUAUAAUGCUCCAUUCUUCACAACCUGGUUUUGUACAAAUUGGGAAAUUCUUUACUUCCCAGUUUAUUUUCUUUGUCAAUCUGCAAGAAUUAAAUGUAAUACACCAUCAGAAAUAAUUGCAGAGAGUUUACGAGGUUUCCGCGACAAAGGAUUUACUGGUGGUCGUUUCUUGAUCAGAUGUAGUCUUUUUUGUGGACUCUGGGUAGUUACGAAUUAUAUGUAUAUUUAUUCGCUCAGGAUACUCCUAGCAACCGAUGUUAUGGCACUUUUCGCAACCAACGUAUCUUGUGUAUAUUUGUUAUCAUGGGUUAUUCUUCAUGAACAAUUUGUUGGAGUAAGGAUAGUAGCAGUGAUUUUAUGCAAUACUGGAAUUGCACUUUUAGCGUACAUGGAUGGCAUUACUGGAAGUCCAACUUUAGGUGGUGUUGUUCUGGCAACAUCGGCAGCAGCUGGUUCGGCGGUUUAUAAGGUGCUGUUCAAAAAAGUCAUAGGAGAAACAACAUUUGGUCAGAUGUCUUUAUUCUUUUCCCUUAUUGGGCUGUGUAAUGCGGCGUUGUUAUGGCCAAUUUGUUUGGCUCUUUACUUCUCAGGAGCAGAAAGCAUACAGUGGGGACGAUUGCCGUGGACGGCUUUACUUUCAGCAAGCAUUUUGCAUUUAGUUGCAAAUAUGCUUGGUAACUUCAGUAUUGCUCUGACGUACGACCUAUUCAUUACACUAGGAUUGAUCACCGCUGUUCCUGUAUCCGCUGCAUUGGAUGUUCUUUUAUACGGAGCUCAUUUCAUGGGAAUGAAAUUGGCAGGGAUGAUAUUUAUAGCAGUCGGCUUCUUCCUUGUAAUGUUUCCAGACAAUUGGCCGGAUUACAUAACCAGACUACUUCGAAACAUAGUCCUCAUGAGUCACAGUUCGAGUACGACGGGUGGCGGGCAGCAACGCAGGAGUACUUUUGCUAGAAGCCGCUGUCCCUCGAUGCAACAACGGCAAUACCGGCUACGAAGCUAUGGUGUGUCGUCGGCUCACGGCGACGGUCAAAUGCUACUGCCGAUGAACAGUAGUAACAGCAAUCAGGCUAACAACAACCAAUCGAGCAGCGAGCCACCGAUGACAACGAUGACCGCGAAUCCGACACACCGGCAUACUAAUUCAUCCCAGCAGAACAACACGGCUUCCGAAUCCCAACGUCGCCGAGUCCCUAUUUCCAUUUCGACCUCAACCUUGACUCCGAUUUCAACUUCCAUCACGACAACUAUUUCGACAUCGACCUCGACCUCGACCUCAACCUCGAUCACAACCUCGACCACGACGAAUAGCCAUCAACGUUCCCAUCCUCCUGGCCUUCAGAACUAAUAACAAGGUGGAGUAGAAGACAUGGGCACGGUGUAUCAGGAGGUACACAACGUGAUGUGAUCGAUUAUCGUACUGGUUACAUAAAAUCACAUCUUCGUUCACCAUCAGGAAGAGUUCGGUGACUAGGUGUACUAUCGCUUCAAUCACACAUAGAAUUGAUUUGCCAAAGAAAUUAUUUGUCGACCUUCAAGAAUCUUUUAAUCUAAAAAGUUC